UCUUUCAUUGCUUUAUCUGAUUAGAAAAUUCCAAAUUCAAUCAAUCUUCUACGACUUUCUCUCUCUUGCGGAUUGCAAAUUUUGAUCGGGAAAUUAUGGGAGGGGCCAAGACUCAGCCAUUCAAAGAACAAUUCUCUUUCGAGGAAAGACUCGAAGAAUCAAAGGAAAUCAUUGGGAAAUAUCCAGAUCGUGUACCUGUGGUGGUUGAGAGGUAUUCGAAAACUGACCUUCCUGAGAUGGAGAAGAAGAAGUAUCUUGUACCCCGCGACAUGUCUGUUGGACAAUUCAUUUAUAUCCUGAGUGGCAGGCUUCAUCUGGCUCCUGGGAAAGCUCUAUUUGUAUUCGUGAAUAAUACCUUACCUCAAACAUCAAGUUUGGUGGAGACUCUGUACGAUUCAUCUAAGGACGAAGAUGGGUUCCUUUACAUGUGUUACAGCAGUGAGAAAACCUUUGGUUAUGCUCAAUAGACUUAUAUGAAGAAGAAUUUCUGUAAUCAAUAUAUGGUUUGUCUUGACAUUCGGGCUCACAAAAUUAUGUGUCUUAUGUGUAGUAAAUGUCUAUAGUCAGUCUAUCUGUAAAUUCACCUGAAUCGCGCGUGUAACAUUUAUGGUUGAAGUACUGAGGAAACUUAAAAGACCUAUAAUUAUGUAGCGAUCACUGCUUGAUUCGACCGCUAA